CCGGCCACCAAUACUAAAUAAGAGUAAAUUGAGUUACAAGCUGGAUGACAGAACUCACAAGUCAAGGUACUGUAUAAAAUUUUAUAUCAUCAUUUAUAUGUGGAAACUAACACCACCACCACCACCCUCAGUAGUUCCAGGAUGUUCCAGGAUGUUCCCAUCCAGCCGAAGGGGCACUCGGGUCGCAAAAGCCGCCUGGUGACCAAAGACGGCCGCUGCAACAUCCAGUUCGGCAACGUGGAGUCGGGAAACCACUUGGCCUACCUGGUGGACAUGUGGACCACCUUCGUGGAGAUCCGCUGGCGCUUCGUGCUGAUUCUGUUCGUGGCGUCCUUCACGGGGAGCUGGUUCAUCUUCAGCCUGCUGUGGUACUGGAUCGCCAGGAGCAACGGCGACAUGUCGGCGCGCAAUCGCACCGACGGUCACGUCAUGUGCAUCGCCAACGUCAACAGCCUGACCACGGCCUUCCUCUACUCGCUGGAGACGCAGACCACCAUCGGCUACGGCGGCCGAGCACCGACCGGGCAGUGCGGCGGGACGGUGGCCAUCCUCAUCCUCCAGUCGAUGGCGGGCGUCUUCAUCAACAGCUUCAUGUGCGGAGUCAUCCUGGCCAAAAUCUCUCUACCCAAGAGGCGAGCCAAGACGGUGAGCUUCAGCGACACGGCCGUCAUCUGCCUGAAGAACGGCAAACUCUGCCUCCUGAUCCGCGUCGCCAACCUCCGCAAGACGCUCCUGAUCGGGAGCCAGAUCUACGGAAAGCUUAUGAAGACCACCACCACCCCGGACGGCGAGACCCUGAUCCUGGACCAGCUGGACAUCCACUUCACGGUGGACGCCGGCAAGGAUAACCUGUUCUUCGUUUGCCCGCUAACGCUCUACCACAUGAUCAACCGGGCCAGCCCCUUCUACGAGAUCUCCGCUGACACGCUGCCCCAGCAGGACUUCGAGCUGGUGGUCUUCCUGGACGGCACGGCCGAGUCCACCAGCUCCUCAUGCCAGGUGCGGACCUCCUACAUUCCCCAGGAGAUCCAGUGGGGGCGCAACUUCCUGCCCAUCAUCUCGCGAACCAAGACGGGCAAGUACUGCGUAGAUUUCUCCAACUUUUCCAAAAGCGUGCGGGUGGCCACGCCGCACUGCGCCCAGUGCUUCGAGGGCACCGUGGAUGCCAGGCACCGGAACCAACACGAGAAGAAAGACUCUCAGAAGAAGUUGGGCAUCCACAACUUGGCUUUCCAAGUCACUGACAUUCACGACGUCAUGGAUGUCACCAAGAUGUGAACCGAGAUGCUUCUCGUCCACUACGGUGGAACCUCGAAAACCAUCCGUCCAGGGCCCAUUUGUUCGGAUUUAGAAUCCAGGGUCAAACGAGACGAGACAGUUUUGAUUAAACAUUUUAACAUUCUUAAGUGUCACACAAGUGUUUAGAGAAGUUCAAAAUAAAACCAGAAUCAACAAUGAACAAGUCGUGAGAUUCGCAGCGAAAUCUUUCCAGAUUGUGGGACGGAUAAUAAUACUAAUAAUAUAAUCACGUUUUGUCACGUAAGAGAUUUGGUGUGACCUUCGAGGCGUAUUCCCCCCCCCCCCCCCCCCAAAUGUCUGGUGGAAUUGGCAAGUGGCCGACUUGAGUGUCCCGACUGUACUCUGAAGGACGUUUAAAGUGCGUUGCAAUGAAAAGGGGCAUUAACAGCGAAUGGCACAGCGGGUACCUCUUGAGAAGAUUAACGUCUGAGUCUGAUUUAAUGAAAAACUACAUCAUAACACCACACGGGCCUUUUCGCACUUUCUCAUUAUUGCCACUAUAAUACUAACUCAUACUGACAGACAUACUCGUCGUAUGCCUUCAUGAGUUGCAAGAAGCUGCUAAAUGCUAGUUUGUCCGACUGAAUGUAACUCAGGGAAGUUACUUAAUAAAAGUUUUUCUUUCCACAAUAUACUUGGCUAUUUCUUGAUCAUGAAAAUACGCGGUUGGAAAAUGGAUGGAUGGAUGGAUGGAUGGAAGAUGAUUGAUCGGAUUUGACACACCGUGGCACAAGGCCUUGAAAGUGACAGUGCUUGAGUAAAUUGAUGGCCAGUAGAGGGCAGCAAAGCACUGCUAUGACAAAACGAGCGUAAGCAAACUUUCAGCUAAUGUGGGACGAAAAUGACCUAUUUUAUAUUUUAAAACAUCUACAUUUGAUAUUUAGCUCGCUGGCUGAAUAUAUUAUAUAAUACAAAUAUAUUUAUAUAUAUUCGGGUUGAGAAUGUACAUUUAACUUGAUAUUAUCGCCAUGAUU